GCUGCUGAUACGCGAGUUUCGUUUUGCGCCGUGUGCUCCGUCUCGAAAAUUGCGCGACCACGUGGUUUUGCACUCCUACGGGAUACUCGCCUCGCACCAUUGCCACCGUUAUAUGCAUUGCAAGAUCGCGUGACGUAAAUCGUUCGUAAAUCGGAAAUCGUGCAUCUUGUUUCAUUGCAAUUCAAAUUGACGAUUGUCGUCAACAUUUACAAAGCUUAUUCCUCGAUUCUCCACGGUAUCGCAACACUGCCAAAAAGAAAAAAAAAUUGGAGCCCGUGUAGAUAUUCGCGAGUGCGAUAUUUGUGAAAUAGUAUUUUUUCUGAGGCUUUUACAUUGACAAAGUUCAGCUGCGACGUUACGGAAAAGAUGAUUAGUACAGGUGCAAUUAAUCGGUGUGAAUUAACUCCGAAUUAACAUGUAACGACGACGAGGCUGAACCAGUCAUGGAAAACAGAUCGUCGAGAGAAGUCGGCGAUGCGACGGUGAGAACGCAGAGUGUCGCGGUGUCACGCACUUUUCUCGAGAUUCAGUUAAUUCCUUAAUCGACUGUUUAAUUAUUUAUAUAAUAAGUGAUAUAGUUCUUCGGCAUAUUUUCGUGAGUGCUUAAAGCAAGGUAAAAGUGCCUCGAGUGAUCUGUUUUUAAAAAUCUGUCCGUGCAAAACGCCGGCGACGCGUCGCAACGUCGGAUCGUCCCGAGGGAUCAUCUCGAGCUCUGGCCGACGGGAGAUGUUUCGAAAGUGCAAGUUGCAGCAACGAGAUAGCAACUGCCGGCCGCCCGAUAUACACAGAUAGCGGAUACGAUUGUGGAGAGUCGCACGAAAGAUUUAGAUCGAAAUUGAAAUUCGAAGGAUCUAGAUCGAAAAGUGGAAGAUUUAAGUCCGAAAAUGAGAACAAUGACGACGAGGUGUCAGAGAACUUUAGAAAGGGCGUAAUAGACGGAUCCUUUGAAUUAACGAACGUGAUCGAUGAUCAGUUAAGAGAAAAUCAUGUCGGGAGAUUUCGGAGAGCGGAGAGUUUCUUGAAGAGAGUGUUAAGGGAAAAUGUAGGCGAGAGAUGCGACAGAUUGCUGAGGACUAUUAAAGAAGGUCAAUCGUUGUUGAAGAAAAACACCCAGCGGAAUCCAAGUUUGAGGAGGGAUGUGCGGGAAGAUUCUUUGUUAUCGAAGAAAAAUAUUCUAAAGAAAGCAUUAUUGGACAAUACGAACGAUCAGCAGAGUUUAAUAUUGGAAAAGGAAGAAGAUAUAAGAAGUAAUUUAAAGGAAAAUAUUGAGGAGACUCCAUUGUUUCUAAAAAAGACUGUUCAAAGGAAAACUAAUAGAAAUCGUCAGAGUCCAGUAGUGGUGAAGGACAUACAGGAGAGUCCACGAUUGCUGAAGAAAGAUAUUAAGGAUAGUCCAUUAUUGGUAAAAAAGAAUAUUCAAAAAGAAGAAUUAUUAGCCAAAGAGGAAGAACUAGCCAAAACACACGAUCAAGAGAAUGCAACAUUAGUGAAAAGAGAUAAUCAUAGCAGUUCUUUAUUGAAGAAAAAGGGGACCAAUAGAGACGUUAAUAAAAGUGUUCUGUUGCCAAAGAAGAAUGUUGAAGAGUAUUCGACGAAGACAGAUCUUGAAAAACAAUUGACCCAAAAAGGCAUUGAAAAAGAUUUAUCGUCAUCGAAGAAAAUUAAAGCUAAUGAGAUCUUCCAAUUGACUACAAAAAGCAUUGGAGAAACUAAAUUAUUUUUAAAGAAGGACGUUCAAGAGGGAGAUUCGCUGACAAGAAGUAAUGCUGAAAAGAGUCCACAUUUAAUACAUAAAAAUGUGGAUGACAAUUUGCUAUUAACAAAAAGGAAUUCUUCAAUUGAUCCACUAAUGCAAUUGACGAAAAAAGAUAUUCAAAAGAACUUAGAAUUGUCGAAAAGCAUCUUUGAAGAAAACGUAUGCUUAGUAGAGAAAGAUUUUGAGGAAAGUUCACAGGCAACAGACAAAAGUUCCUUGUUGUCACGAAAAGACAUUCCUAAUGAUCCACAAUUACGAUUAACGGAAAGAAUCGCCCAAGAUGAUUCUUUAUUAACGAAGGAUCUUAUUUCUUUAGCUGAGAAAGAGAAAGACAUUCCUGUAGUUUCACAAUUAAUAGAUAGGGACAUUCGAGAAAAUUUUUCGUUGACGAAAGAUCCUUAUUCUCCCGCUAGGAAAGUCAUUUUUUCAGUUAACCAAGAUUUUUUACCGGAAAAAGAGAAAGACAUUCCUGAAAAAAAUGUGUUAUCGCAAUUAACGAAAAACAUUGUCCAGAAUAGUUUACCUUUGACAAAAAAGCUGUGUUCUCCAAAUAAAGAAGAUAUUACUUCAGAGAAGGAAGAUAAGCUAUCGCAACUGACGAGCACCCAGGACAAACCUUCAACGAAAAAGAACACAUGUUUAACUGUUGAUAAUCAAGCAGCAUUCAUAUCUUCUUCAAGACUUAAACAAGUUAGAAGUGAUUCAAUAAAUCGCUCUUAUCAAUCAUCUAUCAUUCACAGACGCUAUCUUUCGAAAGACGCUCAGCAAGCUGUUCAAAGAUCUGAGAAGAAAGUGCGAAAAGGAAGUAAUAGUGUCUGUAAAGUGAAGCGAUCGCCUCCGCCGGAGGAGGAUUGGUCGGGUCAAGAGUCAACGGGAUCCGAUAACAGCGGGUCAGCCGAUAAAUACGAUUCGGUCGUGACAUGUAAACUUAUAGUUUCAAAUCGCUAUGCGGAACGUCAGUCGAUCGCGAAACCACUCGAGGAGCAUAUUGAGAUCUUCAAGAUUUCACCUGGUUCCGAACAGCUAAUAGACAGCUCCGAAAAAGUUUCAUUAGCCGACUCCGUCGCAGGGUCCGUUGAAAGUGUGUCAGAAUGUCCGAAUUUUGAUAAAGAUUCUAAGAAGAAUCCGAAGAAUUCAGUAACUAAAGAGUUUGAUGAAAGCUUGAAAUGUCGAAUCAUCAAAGUGCAGGAGCCCGAAGAAACGUUGAAGGAACCAAUCAUUAAGAUAAGAGAUUCUGGAGAAACCUCGACGAUACCUCAAGAUACUAAAGUAGAUAUUAAUAAGUUACUUACAUGGAAGAUAAUUGAUAAUUUUCAAGCUCCAUAUCAUCAACAAUUAAUUCAAAGAGAUUCACAAAACUCUUUUAAUCUUAUAAAUUACGAAUUUCAUAAUCCUGCAGAUCCACGACUGCCAUUAAUAGUACAUUCUAAAGAAGAUCCCGAAAAAAGAAACAUCUUGAAGAACCCACUUAAUAAGAUAAGAAACCCCGAUAAAGUAACAAAAAAUUCAUCCACCAAGAAAUACACCAACAAUUCGUCCACGUCGAAGAUAGUCGGUAAUCUUGAAGCUUUAAAUAACCAACGAUUGAUCCAGAAAUCCUCCGUUGUUAUCGAUCAAUUGGAUAAAUCGGAGUUACCAUUAAUUGAGCGGAAAUUAAUAAAAAGUGAGAAGAGACAAAGAUCAAUCGGCAAGAGAUCUCAUAAAAAUCCGAAAAUGAGGCUAAACGUCAAGCCUAUCCGCAUUCGCGACAAAUUUGUGCUAUUUCUGAGCGCGCUCGCCAUCGUGUUCACGUUGCUGCUGGUGGUGGAUUUGCAGAUGGACCUGGGCUACAGCGGCCAUCACUUGAGUCCCAGCCAUGCGCGAGUCCGUAUCGGCGAUUCACCGGACGCCGAUACCGUCUACAAUAAUUUCCGUCGGAGGUUUCUUCAACGAGGUAAUGGCAGUCGCGAACAGGCUAAUAGCGACGUAACGCCCACCAAUGAAAAAUCUAAGAAAAGCGAGGUAACGCCGUCGACCAUGAGGAAACACGACGAUUUCACGGACUUGGUGGACUUGGUGGUGAACGGGUAUGGGGUAAACGUUGACGAAGGAGUGGCAAGAAUUAGCGGAGAGGACCGGGACUAUAAUCCGACGAUUGGAGAACUGAGAAAGACGACAUUAAAGAAAAAUAGCACAACCUUGGAAAAAUUCCAUCUACAAAUCUCGAGAUUAGAGUUAUACUCUGAAGACUCGAAGUAUGUGGACCAAUUGCUUCAUGAGAUGGCGACGAAGCCGAUUCUUCAUGUCGUUCAAAAAGACGGCGGCACACAAUUAAAACUGAUCAUUGAUUACGGCGAAAACAUGCAGGCGUUGUUCAAACCGAUGCGGUUUCCGCGAGAACAACAGACUCUGCCAAACCAUUUCUACUUCACAGACUUUGAGAGGCAUACCGCUGAAAUUGCCUCUUUUCAUCUAGACAGGCUUUUGGGGUUUCGCAGGGCGAUGCCGGUGAGCGGUCGGACACUCAACGUUACAACCGAAAUCUACCAGAUUGCCGACGGUGAGCUGCUUAAAACAUUCUUCGUGAGUCCGGCCGGCAACCUGUGCUUCCAUGGCAAAUGUAGUUACUAUUGCGAUACGGCACACGCAGUUUGCGGCAGCCCCGAUACCCUCGAGGGUAGCUUCGCCGCCUUUUUGCCAGAUAAGGCUUUCGCGGCUAGAAAGGCCUGGCGGCAUCCCUGGCGCAGAAGUUAUCACAAACGAAAGAAGGCCCAGUGGGAACAUGAUUCCGAUUACUGCUCUCUGGUAAGAGAAAUCCCACCAUAUGAUGAAGGUCGACGAUUACUCGAUCUAAUGGACAUGGCGGUCUUCGAUUUUUUAACGGGUAAUAUGGAUCGCCAUCAUUAUGAGACGUUUAGAAUUUUUGGAAACGAUAGUUUUACGUUACAUCUGGACCACGGAAGAGGCUUUGGAAAACCCUUCCAUGAUGAGACGUCUAUUUUAGCGCCUCUUUUACAAUGCUGUAUCAUCAGACAGACUACUUUAAGUACUCUACUCCGCUUCCAUAAUGGGUCCAAGCGGCUCAGCACUGCCAUGCGGCAGAGUAUGGCAAGGGAUCCUGUGGCUCCCGUUUUAUGGGAACCACAUUUAGACGCCCUAGAUCGACGGAUAGGUAUUGUUCUGCAGGCCAUCCGCGACUGCAUUGCUCGCGAAAACUCUUCGCAACAGGUCGUCCACAGCGAUAAAAUUGAUUCAAAGUUAUAGCCUUUAAUCGCGGUCUAGAAUAAAUAAUCGCGAUGUAAAAAAAAUGUAAAAAGAGAUCUCCUCCUUUUCCCCCCCUUCUUUUACUCCCUUUUUCUUUCUGUCUUUUCUCUCAAAUACCUUAAUAUUAAAACUUUAAAUCUGUAAAUUAAAAUGCUGAUUCACAGUUCCGAGAAAAUAUUAGAAGAUCUUUUCUUUUUUUCUGUUACUAUAGUAUCUUCAUAAUAAUUUUUCUUUGGAAAUGUAUAUAAAGCAAAUUAAACACUUCAUUUAUAACUAAAUCGAUUAAAUUAAAUUAGUUGACUUAUUAAUUAUACAAAUGGAGUGGCGUCAAAUAAGAAGAUCAUAUAUUCAAGAUCAUUUUUAUAUCUUCUUUUAUUUGAUUAAGUUGUUGAAAAUUGUAUUAUUGAAAAUCGUAAUUUUUAAUUUAAUCGAUUAUUAAACAAA